GAACGAACACGGAUGCUGACGAAACGCGUUCGUCGGAGUUUCCUGCUGCGUCAGAUGAAGUAGCGCUCAACUUUGUCUGCUUGUCAUAUCGGCAAACAUUUUGAAGUAAUUUUUUUCAGCGUGGACAAAAAUGGCGCGACUGUGGCUGAUUGGGGUGUUUUCGGCGCUACUGUUUAUAACCCUGACUUCUGGUAUUGUAAGAAUCCCCCUCCAUAAAACCAGAAGCGUCAGACGGCUGCUGAGCGAUAACGGGAGGUCCGUGCACGAGCUGCGCGCUCUGGCGAAGCUUGUAGGAGCCCCGGACAGCUCGCCCUCCCCCAGCCUGCCCGUGGAGAGACUCACCAACUUUAUGGAUGCCCAGUACUUUGGUGUAAUCAGCAUCGGCACGCCUCCACAGGACUUCAGUGUGCUCUUUGACACCGGCUCAUCCAACCUCUGGAUCCCCUCAGUCCACUGCUCUUUCUUCGACAUAGCCUGCUGGGUUCACCAUCGUUACAACUCUAAGAAGUCGAGUACAUAUGUGCAGAACGGCACACAGUUUUCUAUCCACUAUGGCCGAGGCAGCUUGUCUGGCUUCAUCAGUGGCGACACAAUCUCAGUGGCAGAUUUAUCAGUUCCCAGGCAGCAGUUUGGUGAAGCGGUGAAGCAGCCUGGCAUCACGUUUGCUGUCGCACGGUUUGACGGGGUUUUGGGCAUGGCCUACCCCUCCAUAUCGGUUGCUAACGUCACCCCGGUGUUUGACAUGGCCAUGGCUGCAAAACUUCUGCCCCAGAACAUAUUUUCUUUUUACAUCAGCAGGGACCCGACAGCAGAAGUAGGAGGAGAGCUGAUGCUGGGCGGGACAGACCAACAAUACUACACUGGAGACAUACACUAUGUCAAUGUCACACGCAAAGCCUACUGGCAGAUUCAGAUGAACGGAGUUGAAGUUGGUACUCAGCUGACUCUCUGCAAAGCCGGUUGUCAGGCAAUUGUCGAUACAGGAACAUCGUUAAUUGUAGGCCCUGUGCUGGAAAUCGGAGCUCUGCACAAAGCCAUCAGUGCUCUGCCUUUGCUGAUGGGAGAGUACAUGAUUGACUGUAAGAAGGUUCCAUCUCUGCCAGUCAUCUCAUUCAGCAUCGGCAAUAAAAUGUUAAACCUGACUGGGGAGGAUUACAUCAUGAAGGAGUCACAGUUUGGCAGAUCAAUCUGUCUGUCAGGCUUCAUGGCCAUGGAUAUUCCACCUCCUGCAGGACCCCUGUGGAUUUUGGGAGACGUUUUUAUUGGGAAGUACUAUACCGUAUUUGACAGGAACGCAGACCGCGUGGGCUUUGCGCCUGCAAAAUAAAUGGAGGAUGCUGCUGGUCUUGCUGAAUAUUAAUGCCGCUAAAUGAAGUUCUCAAAAAAAUACAAUUUUGUCUGCUGCAACAGUGUAUCAUAUCUGCUUUGCUUAAAUUGGUGCACACAGGAAAUUAGUUAUCUGCAAGUAAAUGGAAAUACUGUGACACAGGUUGCAGAAUGUGCACAUCACUUACUACUGAACAAAUGUCUGACAGCUUCA